CACUCCACCCUUAUUCUCCUUUAUUUAUAUUCAAACCCAUCAAUUCACUUCACGCAGGCGCUAGCUAACACACACAAAAACACCACCCUACGCUCAUGUGAUCAUGUCUACUACCAACAACGGACAGGAACCCUCACAAGCUCAAUCAUCAUCAGGACCCCAAUCUCAUUCUGAUCAGUUAAAGCACGGCUCAAAGAAACGUACUCGUCAUAGCGAGACGGCGCCCUUCUACGGGGUGCGCAAGCGCAAGUGGGGGCGUUAUGUGUCCGAGAUAAGGUUGCCGGGACAAAAGACUCGGAUAUGGCUCGGUUCCUUCGUGUCUCCAGAGAUGGCAGCACGGGCCCACGACUCCGCCGCAUUCUUCUUGAAGGGAAACUCCGCUUGUCUUAACUUCCCGGACUCUGCUGGAUUGCUGCCCCGUCCUCAGUCGUGUUCUAGGAGAGAUAUACAGAUGGCGGCGGCUAAAGCGGCUCUUGAACAGCCCCGGGGCCUGGACGGUGGGGUUGGGAUAGAACGAAGCGGGUCAGGUAGUGAUCCGGAAUGUUUAGAGUGGUGGGAUGAUUUGGAGAGCUUGCCAUUUGAGAGCGUGAGGGAACCUCCGCUACUCGGUUCACUGAGGUUCGACGUAGUAGGUGGAGAGUACUGCCUCUCAUAUAUGGACGAAAAUGAAUCAGUGAUGAGCAGUUUCUGUCGUGAGUUGUGAAUAGUUGUUUUGUCUCAAUGCUGGCAUUACAAAAUCAUAUAGUGUGUCUGUCUCUCUCUCUCUCUCCGUUUCUCUUCCUUUUGUGUGUAUCCUUCUGUUCUCCCCCAAGAUAAUGAAUAAGUGCCCAUGUAAAAAUAAGAAUAUCAUUUUGGUCCGGACCAGAAAAAUAAGCAAAGGAAAUUAUCAUAUGAAUCAUAUAUGAUAGUUUAUUCUGCAGUCUGGAUUGAAUGAUAAUUUUUUAAUAUAUAUUUUUAAUUUAA